AUGAGUUCUGUUUCUCCUUCGUUUUUCGGGGCCGUGAACUAUACGCUCCCGGACGCCAUCUUCGAGCUCACCAAAACAUACAAUGCGGAUCCAGUCGCGCACAAAGUGAAUCUUGGACAAGGAACAUACAAAGAUGGAAACGGAAUCCUUGGAUUUUGCCCGCUGGCUUCCAUCAUUUCGGACACUGGCUACGGACUUGAUCUUUGGCAAAAAUUCUGCUGCAGUCCGGGAAGAUCGAGCGCACUCCACAUUGUCGGAACAAUGCUUAAGGAGGCUCUAGGUCGCGAUACAACCGUGUAUAUCACCAAGCCUAGCUGGUCGAAUCACCGGAAGGUCUUCGAGUCAAUCGGAUUCUCAGUUCGCGAGUUCAAUUAUUCGUCUAGUGCUGGUGUGGACAUGCAAUCAUUGAUCCAAACACUGGACGAGGCAGCCCCGAAGUCGAUCUUUGUGUUUCAUGCUAGUGCCCAUAACCCAAGCGGUUGGGAUUGCAGAGCCGAUCAAUGGAAGCAGAUUGGUGCUAUUGUGAAGGAGCGACAGCUAUUCCCUCUCUUUGACGCCGCGUACUUGGGGCUGACAUCGGGCGACUACGAUCACGAUGCCAUGGGUCUCUACGGUAUGAAUAUGAUUAUGGUGCUAUUCUUUGUCCGUCAUGUGCUGACGCGUGUCGAAUUUUCAAGCUUAGCACGAAUGAUCCGUGUUGAAAUUUCUAACCCUCCUGCAUUUGGUGCGCGGGUCGUAGUUGCGAUUCUGGAAGACGAGGAGCUUUACGCACAGUGGAGGAAGGAUCUCGUCAUGAUGAGUUCGCGAAUCGCGGAAAUGGGAAGGGAAUUAUACCAAGGGUUGACUGAGCUUGGCACCCCCGGAGACUGGAAGCGCAUCAUUGAGCAAAAGGGGAUGUUCUGCAUUCUCGGGCUCACUCCGAAUCAUGUACAACAUUUACAAAAGGAAUACCAUAUCUAUAUGGCCGAGAGCUCGAGGGUAUCUAUCGCGGGGAUUAACGGGUCCAACGUUCGGUAUGUGGCCGAGUGCAUAAAUGAGACAUUGAAGCGAUAA